AGAGGCAGACUGAGCGCGUCGGCUCUUCAUCUCGCCGGCAUCAUUCAGCCAGAGACGCUUCAUAAUCCUCUGCGCUGCAUAUGCUCUUCUAUCAUUAUAUCAAAAGCAGCCACAUGUGCUUUUAAAAUCCAAUGCAGCUUGGCCCAUUCUUUACGUUUUUUCUGUAUGUAGACCCCCUCUAAUACGUUAUUACGCAUGGUUACUCCAAGUACCUAUAGAUUUCAUUUAUAGACAGAGGGUCCUUCAAACGCUGCCCGUCGUUAUCCGUGAAAGAGCUUCAUUUUUUCUACUGUCCAGCUUGACUGAAACCAAACGCCGUUUGACAGACUGAAGAAACAGCGACUGACGGCUCCAAAAUGGGGUAUGGACGGUCGGACAGCUACCGCGUGGCGACCACGCAGGACAAUGAUGAUAAGGAUUCUCCCAAAAAGGGAAAGGGGGGGAAAGACCUUGAUGACUUGAAGAAGGAAGUGCCACUGACAGAGCAUAAGAUGUCAAUUGAGGAAGUGUGCCGAAAGUACAACACUGACAUCGUACAGGGUCUGACUAAUGCCAGGGCUGCAGAGUACCUUGCUCGGGAUGGUCCCAAUGCUCUCACCCCUCCACCCACCACCCCGGAGUGGGUCAAAUUCUGCCGACAGCUCUUCGGAGGUUUCUCCAUCCUGCUGUGGAUCGGAGCAAUCCUCUGCUUCCUGGCCUACGCCAUCCAGGCGGCCACUGAGGACGAGCCUGCCGGAGAUAACUUGUAUCUGGGUAUCGUGCUGUCCGCUGUGGUCAUCAUCACCGGCUGCUUCUCCUACUUCCAGGAGGCCAAGAGCUCCAAGAUCAUGGAGUCCUUCAAGAACAUGGUUCCCCAGCAAGCUUUAGUGAUCCGUGAAGGUGAGAAGCUCCAGAUUAACGCUGAAGAGGUGGUGGCUGGAGAUCUGGUGGAGGUGAAGGGAGGAGACAGGAUUCCUGCUGACCUCAGGAUCAUCUCUGCUCACGGCUGCAAGGUGGACAACUCCUCUCUGACUGGUGAAUCAGAGCCUCAGACCAGGUCUCCUGACUGCACUCAUGAUAACCCUCUGGAAACCCGCAACAUCGCCUUCUUCUCCACCAACUGUGUUGAAGGUACUGCUCGCGGUAUUGUGGUCUGCACCGGUGACCGCACCGUCAUGGGCCGCAUCGCCACCCUGACCUCCGGCCUGGAGACCGGGAAGACCCCCAUCGCCAAAGAGAUCGAGCACUUCAUCCACAUCAUCACCGGCGUGGCCGUCUUCUUGGGCGUCACCUUCUUCAUCCUGUCCAUCAUCCUGGGCUACAGCUGGCUGGAGGCCGUCAUCUUCCUCAUCGGCAUCAUCGUGGCCAACGUGCCCGAGGGGUUGCUGGCCACCGUCACUGUGUGUCUGACCCUCACAGCCAAGCGAAUGGCCCGUAAGAACUGCCUGGUGAAGAAUCUGGAGGCUGUGGAGACUCUGGGAUCCACUUCCACCAUCUGCUCGGAUAAAACCGGAACGCUGACACAGAACCGCAUGACUGUCGCUCACAUGUGGUUCGACAAUCAGAUCCAUGAGGCAGACACCACUGAAGAUCAGUCCGGUGCGUCGUUUGAUAAGAGCUCUGGCACGUGGUUGGCUCUGGCCCGUGUGGCUUCUCUCUGUAACAGGGCCGUGUUUAAGGCGGGACAGGAGUCUCUGCCUAUCCUAAAGAGGGAUGUCGCAGGGGACGCCUCUGAAUCUGCUCUUCUCAAGUGUAUCGAGCUCUCCUGCGGCUCCGUCAAAGCCAUGAGGGACAAGAACAAGAAAGUGGCCGAAAUUCCCUUCAACUCCACCAACAAAUACCAGUUGUCAGUGCACGAGUUGGAUGAGAGUGAAGAAAACCACUACCUGCUGGUGAUGAAGGGGGCACCAGAGCGCAUCUUGGACCGCUGCUCCACCAUCCUGCUGCAGGGCAAAGAGCAGCCCAUGGAUGAAGAGUUGAAGGAGGCCUUCCAGAACGCCUACCUGGAGCUCGGAGGACUCGGAGAAAGAGUUCUGGGUUUCUGCCACUUGGUGAUGCCUGGCGACAAGUACCCCAAAGGCUUCGCGUUUGACACAGACGAUAUUAACUUCCAGACCGACAACCUGUGCUUUGUGGGUCUGAUGUCCAUGAUUGACCCUCCCCGAGCCGCCGUCCCAGACGCUGUUGGCAAAUGCCGCUCAGCUGGUAUCAAAGUCAUCAUGGUGACCGGCGACCAUCCGAUCACAGCCAAGGCCAUCGCCAAAGGUGUGGGCAUCAUCUCCGAGGGCAACGAGACAGUCGAGGACAUCGCCGCUCGGCUGAAUAUCCCUGUCAGCCAGGUUAACCCAAGGGACGCUAAAGCCUGCGUGAUCCAUGGCACAGAUCUGAAGGAUCUCUCGCAGGACCAGAUGGAUGAAGUGCUGAAGAAUCACACAGAGAUCGUGUUCGCCAGGACAUCCCCCCAGCAGAAGCUCAUCAUCGUGGAGGGCUGCCAGAGACAGGGCGCUAUCGUGGCCGUGACUGGUGAUGGAGUGAAUGAUUCUCCCGCUCUGAAGAAAGCAGACAUUGGCGUGGCCAUGGGGAUUUCUGGAUCAGACGUCUCCAAACAGGCAGCAGACAUGAUCCUGCUGGAUGAUAACUUUGCAUCCAUUGUUACUGGAGUGGAGGAAGGUCGCUUGAUCUUUGAUAACCUGAAGAAGUCCAUCGCCUACACGCUGACCAGCAACAUCCCCGAGAUCACUCCAUUCCUUUUCUUCAUCCUGGUCAACAUUCCUCUUCCUCUGGGCACCAUCACCAUCCUCUGCAUCGACCUGGGCACUGACAUGGUGCCUGCAAUUUCAUUGGCUUAUGAAGCAGCAGAGAGUGACAUCAUGAAACGUCAGCCCCGUAACCCUCUCCGAGACAAGCUGGUGAAUGAGCGUCUCAUCAGCAUCGCUUAUGGACAGAUCGGUAUGAUUCAGGCGCUGGGAGGAUUCUUCAGUUAUUUCGUGAUUCUGGCGGAGAACGGUUUUCUGCCCAGUGUGCUGGUGGGCAUCCGGCUGAACUGGGACGAUCGCUCCAACAACGACCUGGAGGACAGUUACGGACAGCAAUGGACGUACGAGCAGAGGAAGAUCGUGGAGUUCACCUGUCACACAGCUUUCUUCGUCAGUAUUGUGGUCGUGCAGUGGGCCGACGUCAUCAUCUGCAAGACUCGCCGCAACUCUGUGUUCCAGCAGGGCAUGAAGAAUAAGAUCCUGAUCUUCGGGCUGUUUGAGGAGACGGCUCUCGCUGCGUUCCUCUCCUACUGUCCCGGGAUGGAUGUGGCCCUCAGGAUGUACCCUCUCAAGCCCAGUUGGUGGUUCUGCGCGUUCCCUUACAGCUUCUUAAUUUUUGUUUACGAUGAGAUCCGAAAACUUAUCCUGCGCCGAAACCCAGGAGGUUGGGUUGAAAAGGAGACAUACUACUGAAUUGUCAAAUACUUCACUCAUCGAUUCUCCCUCGCUCACUCUCUCUUUCUCUCUCUCUUCUCUCUUUCUUAUUCACAUUCUCCCCAUUCCUUCCGAAAACCAAUACAGAAGCAACCAUGUUACAAAUCCACCUCCUUCCUUCCCUCCCUUUACCCAAUUAAAAAAUAACGCAGUCCAACAACAACAGACCAACACAACAAACCUCCUGUUAUUGUUUUUUUGUGUGUGUGUGUGUGUGUUUUCCUCCAGCUAAAUCUGCCAGAAACACACCUGUAAGGUUUACAGAUACUCUCAAAACACACUGUUAGCUUGUGUGAACGCACGGCUUUUGCUAAUGGAUGUCACGCAAUGCGCAGAGACUCCUGAACAAACACUGCCACGCCAGAUUACUGUUACACAUCGCUCUCCAGAUACAAAAUACUAAUAAUCACAACUCGUAUAGAGGAGAAAAAAAACCAGUGUUGUUUUUAUUAAUCAUUCAUAAUGAUGUUCUUUUAUGUUCGAAGUGCGUCUGAGAGCUGCUUGGGUUCAUUUGUUUCUCAGACAUGACAAAAGCACACUGCCACCCUCUCUCGCUCGCUGUAAAAAAUUAAGUUGCUGCCUUACAUUUUUAAGUUCCGUUAAAGAAUUUUAACUCAGCGCUACAUUAAACUGACUUAAAACAUCACGUUGAAGUCUGCGUGAACCGAAAGUUCCGCAGACUUUUAUUUUAGUAUGUUGAUGCACUUCUAACUGAAACAGAAUAUUGAGUGGGAGGCGGAGCUUUCGUUUUGUGCAUCAUCCCAUCGUCCAAACUAACAUGACAGUGAAGGUGCGGUCACACUUGACUUUUCCUUCCAUAGACUUCCAUUCAUACGCACGCGAAUGCGUCAGACCGGAAACGCAGGGUCAUGCGUCAAGUUUCGCGAAAUCGCAUCACUUGACUGCGUGAGACCAAUGGAGGAUCAAAACAGGACCUCUCUGGACAGAAAUUUAAAACGUGGAGCAAUCGCUGGCUUUUUUUAAUGUCUAAUCAUCUUGUUUAAUCCCGCCCCCUUUCGCAGUGCCACACGACAGAAUUGCGCACACACAAAGCCCAAGAGGGGUGUGGAGGGGUGUAGCUUAAGAGGGGUGUGGUCAAACAAGAAGAACCGGCACUCUAAACGCAGAAGCUACUGCUCAGAAUUUGAUUGAAGAUUACCAAAACUUUUUAUUUCAAUGAAUUACUAUGCACAGAUUAAUUGGUCUCCUAAUGAAUAACAAUGUGUGCUGGACAAAUAAACACCGCAAAAUUUGACUUUAAAUCCUAAAACAAUUAAGUUGAAGCAUGUUGAACUCAUUUUAUUGAGUUCUAAUGAGUAUUUUGAAAGUUUUGCGCUCAGAAUUUGAUUGAAGAUUACCAAAACAAACUUUUAAUUACAAUAAAAUUAGCAUGCACAGAUUAAUUGUUCUCCUUAAGAAUAACAAUGUGUGCUGGAAAACUGACCAUAGUGAAAUUUUAUUUCACGCAGACUUUAAAUCUUAAAAAAAUUAAGUUGAAGCAUAUUGAACUCCUUUUAUUAAGUUGAAAUGAGUAUUUUGAAAGUUCCGCAGACUUUUAUUUUGGUAUGUUGAUGCGCUUCUAACUGAAACACAUUAUUGAGUAAGGGGCAGAGAUUUCUCUUUGCACAUCAUUCCCUUGUACAAAUGUGGUUAAGAGGUCAAACUGGCAUCGUCAGAGAAGAACCGCCACUCCAAACGUGGAAGCUAAUGCUCAGAAUUUGAUUGAAGAUUACCAAAACAAACUUUUUAUUUCAAUAAAUAAACAUACACAGAUUAAGAAUAACAAUGUGCGCUGGACAAAUAAACAGUACAUUUUGAUUUCAUGUAGACUUUAAAUCUUAAAAAAUUAAGUUGAAGCAUAUUGAACUCAGUAUUUUUAACUUAAUGUUUGCUAAAGCUGAUUUGAUUCAACUUAAAUUUUUUAGGCAGCAACUCGUUUUUUUACAGCGCUCUUUCUUACUCUUUCUCUUUCUAUCUUUGGCUUCUAUCUCUCACUCUCCGUCCCCUUUUAUCCUGCACUGCCCUCCUCUUUCUUCUGUCCGUCUGUCUGUCCGUCCCCGUCUGUUUGUCUGUUUGUGAACGAUGUGAAGACGCUCCUCCUCCCUCUUUCUAUCCGGACCCCGUUUCCCCUGUUACAACUACAAAAAAAAAGAAAAGAAAAGAAAAUACAAUCUUUCUGUGUCCUAGGAAAAAGAGAUUUCACUCUGAUUUCAUUGUUUAAAUAAGUGCAGAGAAAAUCAAAACAUGGAGUAAAAGCAAUGUACCAAUACGUGAAACAAACAGCAAAAAAAUUCAAUAAAAAAGAAGGAUCUCUCUUUUCUCA